AUGGAGGACGCUACAAAAGGGUACAUUACAAGUUCUGAUGACGAAAGUUUCUAUUGUUGUAAUGUAGAGUCUUCAAAUAGUUCUGAUGACGAAAGUUUCUACUGUUGUAAUGUUUCGUCUUCAAAUAGUUCUGAUGACGAAAGUUUCAGUUCUUUAGAUGUAGAUGUAGAUGUUUCAAGUAGUUCCAACCUUGCAGUUUCAUUUGCAGAGUUCUAUUUUUCCGAGAGAAUGGAUUCUUCUCAUUUGGAAUGUUCUUCGGGAGAGAAAAUCGCAACAGAUGAAACACCGAGUCGUCCGCUUGAAAAUAUAUCAAACGUUGAAGGGGUAUUUUCAGAAAGAAAAAAUGUUUCUAAAUCUUCUGAUGGCGAAUUUUGUUCUGAAGAGAAAACUGCAGGAAAUGAAACAACUUCUUCGAUUGAACUUAUAUCUGACGAAGAACCAUCUUCAGAGACAAAUGUUGUUAAAUUGGCUUCUGAAGAGAAAACGUUCAGUGAAACUCCAAGGUUUUCGAUUGAUAUUGGAUUUGACGUUCCAGGGGUGUUUUCAGAAAGGAAUAAUGUUUCUAAAUUAUCUUCUGAUGACGAAUUUUGCUCUGAACAAAAAACUGCAGGAAAUGAAACGUUAAGUUCAUCGACUGAAGUUAUAUCUGGCGAAGAACCAUCUUCAGGAGAAAAUGUUGUUAAAUUGCCUUCGGAAGAGAAUACUGUAAGUGAAACUUCAAAGAUUUCGACUGAAAUUGCAUCUAACGUUGAAGAAACGCCUUCAGAGAGCUCUAUUGUUGAAUCGCCCGAUCCUGUUCAAAAGGGCAGAGAAAGUUUUGAACAUUUGGAUUUCAAAAUAGAGAUAACAGAAGAUUUAAUUUCAUCGCUGAUGAAGCGUUUCAAGGAAAAUCAGUAUAUUCCUUCUUCUGCAUAUGGGGAGGAUUGUGACAUAAGUUCAACCUGCAUAUAUCUCUUCAAGAAAAGCUACAAGUGCGAAGUAAACGCAAUUUUCUUCAUUUCUGCGUUCUUGAAUCACUUAAAACUAAAUAUGUAAUGUUGUGAAAUUUUGCCUAAGCAAAAUUCAUGCAUGGCCUUAUUUCAGACGAUUCGUAACGAUGUUGGAAAGUUAUGCUAUAACUACCCAGGCACAAUCCUCUUGCCAAUGAAGGAGAAAAAAGCUAAGGAGGAAGAAUAUCCUGUCAA